CUCAAUUAUUAAUUCUUCAUUAUUAAUAUAGACAUUGUGUUGAUUUUAUAUUUACUUUUUUAAUUUUUUUUUUUUAAAAACUUAUCGUUCAAGUGACGUUCAUGUUUCAGUUUUUGUAAUUUUCUUAAAAUACAUAAUAUCACGUGAGUUUCAUAUUUUUUAAAUUCAUUAUACGAAAUGAAAAAAUAAUUUUACCUAAGUUUAGAAUGAAAAACUUUAUUUUGAAAACUAUGUACUGUAUAAUAUAAUAAUUAUUCAAGUGGAUUAGAUGAAGUUCGGGUUGAGUCGGUCGGGUUACGAGCUAGUCGGGUUCGGAUCAAUCGGGUUCGGGUUAAUCGAAUUCGGGUUUAAUCGGGUUGCGAGUCAGUCGGCUUGCGGGUUAGUUGGGUUGCGGAUCAAUCAGGUUGUGGGUCGAGCGGAUUACGGGUUGUUGACUUUUAGUCAAUUCGGGUUGCGGAUCGGGUUAAUCGAGCGGGUUAAUCGAGUUGGGUUCUAUUUUGACACCUAUAUUUUGAAGGCUAAAGAUCACGGAUUCGCCCUGAGGCUAUUAUGCAAUGAUGAUUAAGUCCAUUAAGCACUGGUUUAUGCAUAUUUCUUUCAGGUCCAUUUUUGGCACAUUCUAACGGGGUCCCAUCACAGAUUUCGGGCGAUCUAUGCGAAAUGCAAUUUUCUUUCGAUUUUGAAGGCUACAGAUCACGGAUUCCGUCCAAGGCUAUUCUCCACUCAUAAUAAAGUCUAUUGAUCCGAUUAUCCACCGAUGAUUAAGUUCAUUUAGCACCGAUAUGGUCAAAUUCAUUUUCGGAUUGCAUUUUCGUAUUUUUUUGGGCUAUUUUUUUCGAAAGACCAUUUUCCUUAUAUUUUGAAGGCUACAGAUCACGUAUUCGUCUUGAGGUUAUCCUUCAACGAUGAUUAAGUACAUUAAGAACUGCUUUUGGCGAAUUUCUUCCGGGUCCAUUUUUGGUAGACUCCAAAGGGGUAACAUCACAGAUUUUGGGCGAUUUUUCCGAAAUGUUAUUUUCUUUCGAUUUUGAAGGCUACAUAUCACGGAUUCUGCCCGAGGCUAUUCUCCACCAAUAAUGAAGUCUAUUGAUCCUAUUCUCCACCGAUGAUUAGGUCCAUUAAACACCGAUUUGGGCGUUCAUUUUCGGAUGACAUUUUUGCAAUUUUUUGGGUGCUUUUUACAAAAGGCCAUUUUUCUUGGAUUUUGAAUGCUACAUAUAAGGGAUUCAGCCUGAGACUAUUCUUCAACGGUGAUUAAGUCCAUUAAGCAUCGCUUUGGGUUGAUUUUUUCCGGAUCCAUUUUUAUCAUAUUCCAAAGCGCCAUAAUAAAUUUCGGGCAAUUUUUGCAAAAUGUUAUUUUUUCGAAUUUAAAGGCUAUAGGUCACGGAUUUUGAUGAAGGGAAGUAAAAGUCCAGGGAAUAACAUGCUAGAUGGAUGUUCUUUGACUGCUUUCACUUGUGAUUGCUCUGCAGGAAGUUUUGGAGACUGUUUUUUGUGUUGUUUGAAAUACCAACCUGCAGGGGAAAAGACUUUGAUCGACAAGAACAACUCAUCCAAGAGAAACGUGUGUUUUAGUUAUAAGGCAGUGUUUUUUAUUUACUGGAGACUUCAGCUUUGCGGUGGGCUUAUAAUCUUGGAUUGUUUCAUUUUGUCUGUAGGCAUCUAUCUAUCUAUAACUUAUAUCACUACAAAAAAGACGGUUAUUAGUGAUCAGAGUAUUGCGUCAGUAAAGACCAGAUUUCGUCGAAAUUGUGCUUUUGCGACGCCAUGCAUCCGUCGCGGUUUAACCAAACUAAAGUUUAUUCGGUUUGGUUAAUUGGUUAACCAAAAUAACUAACAUAACACCACAUUAUCAUUAAGUAAGAAAAAAUUUCAGUUAGU